AUGUCACGCCUGGAGCCGGAGGAGGAUAGCGGGCCUGCGCCCGGCGGGGAGGUGGGCAUGUGGUCCUUGGUGCGUUGCCUGGGUUACCUGUCCAGUUUCAACCUGAUGGUGGCAGUAUGCCUGGGCCUGUACGUGCGCUGGGAACAGACGGACGAGCCCAUGAUCCUUGUCAUCUUCAUCCUGGUCUUUGUCCUGGGCAUCGCCAGCAUCCUUUACUACUACUUCUCCAUGGAGGGGGCCAGUCUCAGCCUCUUCCACCUGUGGUUUAGCUUCCUUCUGGGCCCCCUGUGCUUCUUCAAUAGUCCCUCGCUGGAGGAGAAUGUGAAGGAGCAGGCUACUAACUACCUGCUGCUGGCUAGUGUGGCUUUGAGGACAGUGUGGGCCUUAACAGAUAGGAUAACGGGCUGCGUUCACUAUAAACCCACCCUGCUCUCGUCUGAGGAGCUCCUAGAACUCCUGGGCUUUGGCAUUGCCAGCACCACCAUGCUGAUGCACAAAUCUAUGGCCUUCAUUGCCCUAGUGGUGGCGCUGGGGGCUAUGAUCGUGGGCCUGCGUGUCAAGUCCCUCCUAGCCCUGCCCAACUUGGCCUGCUUCACCCUGGUCACCUCCGUGCUGUUUUUUAAGGCCGUGAGGAUAACCACCAACCCCUUCGCCCUGGGCUGCUACCUGGGCCGUCUGAUCUGUGAACCCCUCUUGGACAUCUACUUCAGCAGCCUAGGGGCCACCAAGCGCUGGCUGCCCCUGCUUUCCUGGGGACGUGUCUGGUGUCGACUCUCCCUGCUCCCCCUGGGGCUUGUGGAGAUGGCCUUCUUCGUCCUAGCCGCUCUAAAGAUGAGCCAUCUAAAACUGUGGUACCUGGUGAUCCCUGGAUUCUGUGUGUUUGGCCUAUUCUGGACAGUCUGCCACGUGGUGCUGCUGAUCACACUGUGGGGCUUCCACACCAAGCUGAGUGACUGUCAGAAGGUGCACUCAAUCCAGAAGUCAGACACACGAAGCCUGGACCGGGUCAUGGCCUCGCGGGGGAUGAGACACUUCUGCCUGAUCUCUGAACGCCUGGUCUUCUUCAGCCUGGUGUCCACAGCAAUUCUGGCAGCUGUGUCCUGGCAGGUAAGAAAUGCUCUCUUGUGUGUGUUCAUGAGUGUGUUCCUGGUGGUCAUCCCUCUGGAGUCUCUGGCCCACGGGCUCUUUCAUGAGCUGGGCAGCUGCCUGGGGGGCACAUCUGUGGGCUACGCUGUGGUCAUCCCUACCAGCUACAGCAGGCCAGAUGGCCGGCCCACCCUUCUACCUCCGGUCCAGGAGCUGAACGUGCGCUCCAUGGGCCUGUUGAACAGUGUGCAGCGCCUCUUCUCCCACCACAUGAUUGAGACGUUUGGCUGUGACUACUCCACCAGCGGGGUGACUUUGGAGGCCCUGCAGGCCAAGCUCAAGGCCUUCCUGGAGCUUCGCACGGCCGACGGGCCCCGCCAUGAUACAUACGUGGUGUUCUACAGCGGGCAUACGCAGCGCACCGGGGCCUGGGCACUGGCAGGAGGAGACUCUCUGCGUCUGGAGCAGCUGCUGGAGUGGUGGAAGGAGAAGAACAGCAGCUUCACCUCCCGUCUCAUCCUGGUCCUGGACACAGAGAACUCCAUGCCCUGGGUAAAGGAGGUCCGAAGGAUGGAGGGAGUCUAUGUGGCCAUGCAAGGGGCCGAGCUCGCCCCCGCCGGCGACAUCGAAGGCGGGGACGCCCCCCGCCUUGGGGACUUCACCUCGGAGUGGGUGGAGUUCAACUGCAACCCGGACAGCGCCACCCAGUGGUCGGAGAAGGGCAGGAUGGUGGCGGCGGCCUACGGCGUGUCGAAACACUGGAGCGACUACACACUCCAUCUUCCCACGGGGAGCGACGUGGCCAAGCACUGGAAGACCCACUUCCCCCAGGCUAUCUAUCCUCUGGUGCACCUAUCCAACUGGUGCUGUGGGCUCAACCUCCUCUGGAUGUGUGGAGUGUGUCUGAGGUGCUUUAGGCGACUCAAACUGGGCUGGUUCCCUCCCAAUAUACUGGACACGGGACAGGGCAUCAAACUGGUCCACUCAUAG